UGUUUCCGGGCCUCCAUCCAUCUCUAUUAAUUAAUUGAAUCCUGAAACCGAUGCUACCAUUUUCUUUCGUCCCUCGUCCCUCCCCCCUCAUGGCUUCCAUAUCCUUUGUUUUCUUCCUCUUGCUUAUUUCCUUCUCAACUGGAAGAGCUCAAGCGCCAAAUCAAUCUAUCAAUAUUACAACAGGCUUUUCACUCCACCCCACAAUAGAUCCCACUUCCUGGCUUUCUCCAUCUGGCCGCUUUGCCUUUGGUUUUUAUCCGAAAAACUUGAAUGACUUUGAAGUUGGAAUUUGGUUGGUUGGAGACAAAAGAAUAGUUGUAUGGACGGCAUUUCGUGAUGAUCCGCCGCUCACCUCGAAUGUAAAUCUGAACUUUAUCAAGGGAAAGAUUCUUUGGAGAACUGAGCAAGGACAAGAGAAAAGCAUUGCUGGUGCAACAGCCGCUGCUUAUGCCUCCAUGCUUGAUUCUGGUAACUUCGUGCUCUAUGACAAGGAUUCCAAGAUCAUUUGGCAGAGUUUCGACCAUCCUACCGACACCAUUUUAGGAGGUCAAACUUUAUUCAAUCGCGGGCGACUCGUAUCCAGUUUAACAGAGUCUGACCAUUCAACUGGACGGUUUAAUCUUGAGAUGCAGUUGGAUGGAAACCUUGUUUUAUACCCAGCAAACACAGCAAACACCCCUGGAGAUGCUUACUGGAGCACAGGUACUGACUUUUGUGGUAAUUCCAAGUGUCAACUAGUACUUUAUCUCAAUAAUACAGGCCCUCUGUCUAUCCUCAAUGGCACAAGUUUAAAGCAUAGCGUUUAUGAUGGGGGCAGCGACAACACUGGCAAUACCAUUUAUCGUGCAACGCUUGAUUCUGAUGGAAAUUUCCGACUUUAUUCUCACGCCUAUGAUGAUAGAGGCAACUUCAAUGUAUCAAAUUCUGUAUGGAAAGCGUUGCGUGGUCUAUGUGAAGUGAAAUCUUUCUGUGGUUUUACCAGCUAUUGUACAUACGAUGACGGCAAACCAUAUUGUGUUUGCCUUCCUGGGACCAAUAAUUUCUCAUCAGAGAGAUCUCUUGGCUGUGAGAGAAACUUCUCGGAAGCAGGGUGUAGAGGUGGGAAAGAAAUUAAUGCAGCCUUUUAUAGCAUCGAAACCAUGGAGAACAUGCAGUGGGAAGAUCAUCCUUAUGCUGUAACAUCAAUGUCAGAGGAAGAAUGCAAAACAUCUUGUUUGGAAGAAUGCAACUGUGGGGCCGCAUUGUUCGACAGCCAGAAGUGUAGGAAACACACCCUUCCACUGAUAUAUGUAAGGAGAUCAGAUGCAAGUCAGGGGUCCACGGCUUUCUUGAAGAUUGGCACGAGCAAAAGCCCAAAGAAGCCACUCGUUGUCGUGCGCAAAACAACAAUGGUGGAAAUCCUUCUUAUGACCUUUGGUUUAACUGUAUUUUCAGUUGUUUCCCUUACAAUCUCUGGCCUUUUCAUUUUCAAAAGUCGUGUCUUAAGGUACAAAAGACUUUUAGAGAAUGGAAACGUGGGUCCGGCUGAAGAAAUAACUUUAAGAUUGUUUUCAUAUAAUGAGCUCAAAAGAGCAACAAAUGGUUUCAAAGAAGAGAUAGGCAAGGGUUCUUUUGGAGCAGUUUACAAAGGGGCGCUAUACAAAGCUAAAAGACUUGUUGCAGUGAAGAGACUGGAGAAGGCGGGAAUUGAAGAUGGUGAGAGGGAAUUCCGAGCAGAGAUGCGAGCAAUUGGGAGAACUCACCAUAGGAACUUGGUUCGUUUAUUGGGUUACUGUGCUGAGGGCUCUAAAAGGCUUCUAGUUUACGAAUACAUGAGCAAUGGCUCCCUUGCAGAUCUUCUAUUUAGAGCUCCAAUGCGUCCAAAUUGGAAUGAAAGAGUAAGAAUUGCACAGGAUGUUGCAAGAGGAAUCCUCUAUCUGCAUGAAGAGUGCGAGGCCCCAAUUAUUCACUGUGACAUAAAGCCUCAUAAUAUUUUGAUGGAUGAAUUUUGGACUGCUAAAAUCUCUGAUUUCGGGCUUGCAAAAUUUCUAAUGCCAGAUCAAACCAGGACGUUCACAGGGGUAAGAGGAACAAGGGGGUACUUGGCACCAGAAUGGCAAAAGAACAUCCCAAUAUCAGUGAAGGCUGAUGUUUACAGCUAUGGAAUAGUGCUUUUUGAAAUUUUAUGUUGCAGAAGGAACAUUGAGCUUGGCAUUUCAAGCGACGAUGAGAUGAUUCUUUCUGAUUGGAUCUACCAAUGCUUUCUUGCUGGAGAGUUAGAGAAGAUUGUGAAGUGGGAAGAAGUAGAUAAGACCACCUUGGAGAACAUGAUUAAGGCAGGACUAUGGUGUAUUCAAGAUGAACCAGCUCUUCGUCCUUCUAUGAAAAGUGUGCUCUUGAUGUUAGAAGGGAUUACCGAUGUAUCCGUUCCUCCAUGUCCAACUGCAUGCUAGAACCACGUAGAUCUAGUACCUGAAGGAAUUUAUUUCUGCUCUCAUGUAGUUUUUAUUUGGUUUCAUGUAUUUUCCUUUUGCCAUCAUGAUCAAGGAAUGGCAUAGGAAUUAUCCUCUCAUCUCGGUAGUAAACUAUUUUGUUUAGAAAAAUUCUAUUUAUCA